CUUGUGUUCCAAAAUCUCUACUUUACCAUUUCAUCCUCUUUCACUCUAUCCCCAAUAUCACUAUCCAUCUUGAUCUGGGCUUUGUGUUUCUUGCUUAAAAACACAAUCUUUUCUUCAAACUAUUCAAAAAACAACACUUGCUCAAAACAUAUUCAUCUUUAACAAAUUAAGUUAAUAAUAGCACUGUAUCUACUUAUGUAUAUCUCACUCGAAUGAGUUGGUUUCUCUAAGUAUGGGUAGGGGUAAAGGAAACAGAAAGAAGUUUACUUUGACUAAAAAUGAUGAUGCUGGAAGUGGUGAAGAAAGAAUUCCUGCCCAAAAAAGAAGGGGCAGGCCUCAAAAACCAUUGAUAGAUGAAGUUAAUGUAGUCGUUGAAAAGAUAGAAGACGAAGAAAAGAAAAAUGUGAAUGAUGUUGUAUCAAAGAAAGAAGUGAAGGUAAUGGUGAAUGUAAAGAAGAGAAAACGAAACAAACAGUCAAACGAGGAGGGUGAUGUGGUCAAAGAGGGAAAUGGAAGUGAAACCAGAUCAAACACAAAUGGAUUAACGCAGGUUAAUGGAUUUCGACAUACGGGAAGUAGGAGGAAGAGCAAGCCUCGUAGGGCAGCUGAAGCUGGUGUUGAAUGCAGAUAAGAUCAGUAAAUCUCUAGUCUCAUCUUGUUGAUCUGUUUUUAGAUUAGUUAGUUUAAUAGUAAUUAGAGGUAUGCCUUCGAUAUAUGUUCCCAUUUAUAUCUAUAUUUUUGCAUCAUAUCGGUGGAAUAGAUCUCAUGUUUUUGGUUAAUGUCAAUGUACAUGGUCUUUAAGUCCAAAUUAGUGGCAUACUAUACUGAUAA